AGAAGCUUCCGUGUUUACAGAUCACAGAGAACGGUGGUUUGAUCCAUGUUACCACUAUCCAGUUUUAAAUCGGAGUUUGUCUUACAUUUUUGUUACAGUCUUUGUUAUUUCAUUGAAAGUAUUCAGUAGGUUUGUUGGUGUGUCGGUGCGAGUGCUAAUAACUUGCGCAAUGGCCCGCUGGCUAACGUAGCACCGAGGCUAGCUAGCUAGCGUGUCGGCAACAUCUGAGCGUUCGACUGAACAUGGGCGCAGAGAGUAGCGCAGUGCAGAGCUGCACUCUGGAGAGCUGCACUCUGGAGGAGCCGCUGCUAACGCUGCCUUCCGGACUGACAAUGUACUCAGCAGUGCUCCAGGAUGGGAAGGCUGCUUCAGUGUUUGUCCACCAACAAGGCAACGAAGACAAAGUCAACAAAGCUGCAAAGCAUUUGAAGACCUUAAGGCACCCGUGUCUACUGCGGUUCUUGUCCUGCUCAGUGCAGAACGGCAGCAUCCACCUAGUGACAGAGCGCGUAGAGCCCCUGGAACUGCUGCUGGACAGCCUUUCCCCAGAGGAAAUCUGUGCAGGCAUCUACGACCUCCUGCAGGCUCUGGUCUUCCUGCAUGAGAGGGGUAAGUCAAGCCACAACAACAUAUGCAUGUCAUCUGUGUUUGUUAGUGAAGAUGGUCAGUGGAAAUUAGGAGGGAUGGAGACUGUGUGCAAGUUCUCUGAAGCUACACCUGAGUUUCUUAGUGACAUACAGAAUGUGAGGGAGACCAGCUGUGUUCCUCCAGAAGAGCAGGUAGAGGGCUUCAAAAUGCUUCCUGAUAAACAUGCUCAUUCGCGGGACUGUUUCUCUUUUGGAGCGGUUGUUGAGACCCUACUCCCUCUUCUGAAUGGCUACGUGUCACAGGAGCUGUCUGACAGUCUGAAGAAAACUCUGCACACGGGCCUGCUGAACCCUGACUUCUUAUUGAGACCUGCCCUCAGCUCCCUGCUGUCUCAUGACUUUUUUAGGAAUGACUUCCUCCAAGUGAUGAAUUUUCUGAAGAGUCUGACCCUGAAGACUGAAGAAGAAAAAAAUGAAUUCUUUAAGUUUUUGUUAGACAUGGUCCAGAACCUUCCAGAAGAGCUUAUCGCUGCACGUCUUGUCCCAAAACUGCUCACCUCGCUAGUGUUUGCAGAACCUAUGGCAGUCAACAGCUUCCUCCCACAUCUGCUCAGGCCAAAGAAGGACUCCAGUAUUGGUAGUGGUGAGGAAUGCCUGCUGUCUCUGUCCCUCUACCGAAAACAUGUGAUUCCUCAGCUCCUCAAACUCUUCAAGGUCAAUGAAGAGCACGUCCGGAUUGUGUUGCUGACUCAUAUCCAUAUCUAUGCCGAGUUCUUCAAGGAUGAUGAGCUCAAAAACCAGAUCCUACCUCAGGUUUUGCUGGGAAUGAGAGACACCAAUGAUAAUCUGGUUGCCAUGACGCUGCAAGGUCUGUCAGUGCUGGUGCCCUUGCUGGGGGCACAAGUGGUGGUUGGAGGAGAGAGAACAAAGAUCUUUAAACGUACCACACCCAACUUCACCAAAUCUACCGAUGUCACCCCUGAAACUUCUCCAAUCCAUAUAGUUGGGGGCCCUCACCCCCAAAUGGCACAGCCCUCGACUGUUUUGAAUUUGUUCCCCAGACCACCAGGGACUGAAGAACUGGUCCUGAAUAAUGUGGACAGUCUACCGGUGACAGCUGAGAUUCCCAGAAAUUGUGCUGUGCCACGAAAAUCAGAUGUCAGCAGCCAAAUGUCUCUACCUCUGAAUGGCUUUACCCAAAGCAGCAAAAUGGAGCCGUUGCCAUACGAUGCAAAGCAGGCAGAUAGACGAGACAGCCCACCUGACGACUGGCCUGACUGGAGCGAUACAGAGGACAGAGUGAACGCAGAUAAACAGCAAGUCCAGAUCCACAUUCAGUCUUCACAGACAGAAGCAGUCAGCAGCAGAGUGCUACUCACACCACACAACAUCGAAGAGGAGCCCUGGGAAGACUUUGAGGACACUGACCCGAUCUCUGAUCUCUCACCUACAGCUCCCAUAUCAGACCCAGUUAUACUUGCACCACCUAGACAGGCUAUAACUAAACCUGUAAACCACGCCCCAUUAGGGUCCUCCAAACCCCUCAGGUUGAGUUCGACACAACGGCCGUCUACACAAAGCAAAACCACUUCAUAUAUGCAUGAUGGCUGGAGUCAAAUAGAGAUGGACCCUAAAAAAUUACACACCUCAUCAGGCCCCAGUCUAAAGCCAGUAGUGCCCCAGAUGAAUCGAGGGGUGGGAGGUCUGGGAGAGGAGUUCACAAUAAAGGUGAAACGAAAACUCGAGCAAGACCCAGAGCUGGAGUUGUUUGCAGACAUGGUGCCGGACAUCAAGCUGUCCUCUUCAGCUCUACUGCCGCUGGGACAGAGUGCCACUGAACUGUCUGCAGCUCCGCUGCAAAAUGCCAAGAAUGACUCUUCCUUUGACACUUCAGCGCUCACAUCCAAAUUUGCAGCUGCCAACCUGGCUGAGACUGAAGAUGGUUGGGGAGAUGGAGAUGACCUGAACUGGGGAGACGAGAGCACCUGGUGACUGACUCCAGGAAGCAGCACCGCUGGAAACGCUGAAACAACGCCAAAGCGGAACCUGCUUCCAUGAUACGUGUUCAUGUCCAGUUAAGAUCUGGUGAACUAAUACUUGAGACUGAAACACAUCCUGUUCUUCUGGUUGACAGAUGUUUAUCAGCUCAUUGUUUUUGAAGGACAGGCUGUUUAGCAAAUGAUGUUGGACAUAAAUGAAGCCAAUUUUAUGCUUUUGCCAACUGAUGAGAAAAAAAAAAAAACAAGGGAUUAUUCAUAGGAAGUGUCAUUUACAUCCGUCUGCCUUUAUAAAAUUUAAAUUUGUGCCAACUGGCUUUAAGAUCAACAUUCACUUUUGGUAACUUAACCAAAAUGCAAUGAUUUUUGUUUUUCUUCUUGAAGGCCUUCCCUUGGGAUAAAUGUGAAAUAGGAGUUCUUAAUUUGAGUAUUUUUGGUUGAUUAAUAAAAAUGUUUACUGUAU